ACAGUUACCAUAAUUUUGUCAAGUUUUGAUUUUUCUUUUUUCAAAUCUGACUGGGAGUGUUUGUUUUUGCUUUUGUUCAUCAUAGAAGUACUCGGAAUUUUAGUUCUGACAUCCACUUGUCUCAGUGGUGUGCCACUGCCUGAAGAUUCAAGAUCGUAGCUGGUGAUCGCGAACAUACAGUAAUUACUGAAAGGACUCAGUUUGUCCGACAUGGCUCAACGCGAACCUCCCGCAGACCCUUUAUUUGACAUGCGUAAUUCAUACUAUCUGGGAGAAUAUCAGAAAUGCAUUAAUGAGGCAAUGAAAACUAAGGUUUCAGCGGCUGAAUUGAAACUAGAGCGCGAUAUUUUCAUGUAUCGUGCAUACAUUGCGCUGGAGAAGUUUAAGCUGGUGCUGGAUGAGCUCCGGAAUACUCCGAGUGAAGAACUGAAAGCUGUUUGUUUGCUUGCGGAGUAUAUGCAGAUUUGCCAGGCUAGCCAAAUUGAUGAAUCCAAAAGAGCCACUGUCGUAAAGAAGUUGGACGAAAAACUCGCGUCCGGUGGAGUUGCCAGCACCAAUUAUGCAAUGUUUAUCGUUGCGGCAUGUAUUUAUGGGUUGGAAGAGAAUUAUGAAGCUGCUUUGAGGAUACUGCAUCAAUCUGACCAUUUAGAAUGCCUUGCGCACACAGUUUUCAUCUACUGCAAAAUGGAAAGACCGGAUGCCGCGAAAAAAACCGUGAAGCGGAUGCAGGAGUUUGAAGAAGAUGCGACUCUUACCCAGAUUGCCGAAGCUACUGUUAAUCUCCAAAUGAAUGGUGAACAUAUUCAAGAAGCAUACCAUAUUUUCAAAGACUUAUCUGAUAAAUAUUCUGCGUCCACAAUCUGCUUGAACGGGAUGGUUACCGCACUACUUUGCAUGGGACGAUGGGAGGAAGCGGAAGGUUAUUUACAGGAAGCAUUGCAGAAAGAUCCAAAUAAUCCAUCAAUUCUGGCGAAUUUAAUAGUUUGCGGUGGACAUACGGCAAAACAAGAUGAUGUAAUUAAUCGCUACAUCAACCAGUUACAAGAUUCUCAUCCCAAUCAUCAGUUGACGCAGUUGUUCAACGUAAAAACAAGAGAGCUCGAAAGAGCAUGCCGACAAUACGCGCCAGAAGUUGCAUCGCCUUGAAAGAUAUUCUCGAUUUGGGCAGCAUGGCGUUUCGUUUUUCUCGUUUUCCAGUCCUUGUAACCUUUAGCGAAAAUAUUUCCAUGCUUGCAGAUCAUUUUGAUGAUCGUGUGGCGCUUAAAAAAUUGGUAUUAACGCUUAGUGGUUAUUUUCGUAAUUGAUUUUGGAAGUUGUCAUUUCUCUGCACUUGUUUAUUUCGUUCUUCGUUACCUGGAAAGGUUAUUUCUUUAAUAAAAGCGCUA